AUGAAUACUCGCAGUUCAACGGAGACUCCACCAGAUUGGACAGAUUUAAACAGUAACACUAAGGCAGGACUUUUCCAGAUACUUAAAGAGUUAAAAAUCGCUCCUCCUCAAAAUGCAGAUAGGGAUCAAUUAGUACGUUUGAUUAGACAAAAACUUACUUCACCACGUCUUUCUCCUUAUAAGUCCACUGGAAUGUUAACACGUCCAGCAGAUAAUCUCAUUCCAAAUUCUGAUGAUGAUGAUAUUCCUGCACAAGAAUCAGUAGAACCAGAAGAUGACGAAAAUGAUACCGAUUUUGAAGUACCUCCAAUGGAAAGUGAAAGUGUUUCUCAAAAUACUAUCCAAGAAGAACCUGAAGGAAAAGUUGAGGAACCCAAGCAACCAGAAAGAGUUCCAACACCACCAAAAUCUGAAGACAAAAAGAUUGAGGAACCUGUCGAACCUGAGCAUCGCAUUUACUCACCUACAAGAACAAUCAAAACACCAGAACGCUCCGUUCUAUUUCCAAGUUCGCAGCCAUUACCUCCUCCAAAAGAACAAGUUCGUCCAAGCAGUAUUCGUCAAUCAAACGCUCGUGUUAGAAACGAUGGAAAUCCUGAAGAGGUUGAUGAUGCCAUAUUUACAAACAGUUACUUAAGAUGGGUGAGAAGGCCUGUAAUUAUUCUUGCUGGCUUUAUUUUACUCCUUUUGGCUUUGUUAUUAUUAUUGAUUGCUUUACGACCAUCACGUAGAUCAGUUCUACAUGCUAAUAUCGAUUGGCUUUCUAAUGUUUCUUACAGGAAUAAGCAUUGCUUGCAAGAAACUCAAUAUACUCGUGCUGAAUUGUUUAAUUUAUAUAAUUUGACUGAAGAAGAAUUCAAUCAAUAUGCUUACGAAGAUGGUGAAAGGGUGUUUGCCAAAGAUACAAGAAUUGGUGUUGUCUGCAAGAUGAUCUACGCAGGAGAUAAGUAUCCAGUCGCUGCUGGCAUAAUUAUUGUUAUUAUUGUCGUCGCAAUACACCUCUACAUAUGUAAGAUAUCUCGUGUUGGCAAUCACCUCAUUCGUUCUCUUGUUAGAGACCAAUCCUGUGAUCUUGAUACUCUUCUUGUUGAUGAAGCAGGUGAAAUGCUUCCUCAUGAAGUUGCUGAGAGACUCGGAAUCAACGCAAGUGAUGAUUAUUACAUCGAUCCAAGAGAUACAAUUUAUGAGCUCACACGUGCCCAAAAGGCAAAAAAGAAUAAGAAGUGA